AUGGAGUCUGCUCGCGGACCCCCCAGGGUCAAAAACAAGGCGCCCAGCGCAAUACAGAUCUCAGCAGAGCAGCUCCUACGAGAAGCUGUCGACCGUCAAGACCCCGGCCUCCAGGCGCCUACGCAGCGGUUCGCAGACCUCGAAGAGCUCCAUGAGUUUCAAGGCAGGAAGCGCAAGGAGUUCGAGGACUAUGUGCGGAGGAACAGGAUUAACAUGAACAACUGGAUGCGAUAUGCGCAAUGGGAACUAGAGCAAAAGGAAUUCAAGCGCGCCCGGUCUGUCUUUGAAAGAGCCCUCGACGUAGACGCGACGUCUGUCACACUAUGGAUCAGAUAUGUAGAGGCGGAGAUGAAGACGAGAAAUAUCCAGCAUGCUAGGAACCUUCUGGACCGCGCGGUUACGAUCCUGCCCAGAAUCGAUAAGCUGUGGUACAAGUACGCAUACAUGGAGGAGAUGCUGGGGAAUAUUCCCGGUACGCGACAGGUCUUUGAGAGGUGGAUGUCUUGGGAGCCAGAUGAGGCGGCUUGGAGCAGUUAUAUCAAGUUGGAGAAGAGAUACGGCGAGUUCCAAAGAGCGAGAGAGAUCUUCCAGAGGUUCACGAUGGUUCAUCCAGAGCCUAGGAAUUGGAUCAAAUGGGCUAGAUUUGAGGAGGAAUACGGCACCAGUGAUCUUGUUAGAGAAGUCUUUGGCUCUGCUGUCGAGGCAUUGGGUGACGAUUUUAUGGACGAGCGACUGUUCAUCGCAUAUGCCAGAUUCGAGGCUAAGCUGAAAGAGUAUGAGCGAGCCAGAGCCAUCUACAAGUACGCCUUGGACCGCCUGGCGCGUUCCAAGUCGGUAGCACUCCACAAGGCAUACACUACCUUCGAGAAGCAAUUUGGUGAUCGGGAAGGUGUAGAAGAUGUCAUCUUGUCGAAGCGAAGAGUCCAGUAUGAGGAGCAAGUCACUGAGAACCCUAAGAAUUACGAUGCUUGGUUCGACUAUGCCAGGCUGGAGGAAACUGGUGGCGACGUGGAUCGUAUUCGAGAUGUCUACGAGCGAGCCAUUGCCCAAAUUCCACCCACCCAAGAGAAGCGGCAUUGGAGACGCUACAUUUAUCUGUGGAUCUUCUAUGCUAUCUGGGAAGAGAUGGACUCCAAGGAUGUGGAGAGAGCUAGACAAAUUUACCAAGAGUGCCGGAAGCUGAUCCCUCACAAGAAGUUCACAUUUGCCAAGAUCUGGUUAAUGAACGCACAAUUUGAGAUUCGGCAACAAAAUCUCUCAGCAGCAAGGAAGCUACUUGGACAAGCUAUCGGCAUGUGCCCCAAGGACAAACUUUUCAAAGGGUACGUUGAACUUGAAUUGAAGCUAUUUGAGUUCGUUCGCUGCCGAACUAUCUACGAGAAGCAUAUCGAAUGGAACCCAUCGAACUGCCAGGCCUGGAUCAAGUUCUCCGAGCUCGAGCGGGGUCUCGAUGAUCUCGAGCGAACCCGGGCUAUCUUCGAGCUCGCUAUCGACCAGCCAACUCUCGACAUGCCAGAAUUGCUGUGGAAAGCCUAUAUCGACUUUGAGGAGGAGGAAGGCGAGUACGAGCGCACUAGAAAGCUGUAUGAGCGUCUCCUGGAAAAGACCGAUCACGUCAAGGUUUGGAUCAGCUACGCCCACUUCGAGAUCAACGUGCCGGACGACGACGAAGAGGAAGAUGACGAGGAGAAGCCUGUGAGCGAGGCGGCAAAGGCAAGAGCUAGGAAGGUUUUCGAGCGCGCGAUGAAGAACAUGAAAGACAAGGAGCUCAAGGAAGAGCGAGUCACCCUCCUCAACUCUUGGUUGGCAUUUGAGAGGGAGCAGGGCACGGAAGAGGAUGUCGAGAAGGUGCAAAAGCAGAUGCCGCGCAAGCUUAAGAAGCGCCGCAAGAUGGACGACGAUACAUACGAGGAGUACAUUGACUAUGUGUUCCCAGCCGACGAUGUGCAGACGGCAAAGUUCUCCAACUUCUUGGCUAUGGCUCAGUCGUGGAAGCAGGCUGGUGGAACGAUUGCGGGGGAUGCUGCGACAGCGGAGUAG